AUGCAAGACGCAUUGACUAUAGGCGUCGAGGCGCUUGGUAUUGCUGCCCUUAUUCUCAAUCUUUAUGCUCUACAGAUGCUUACUCGUACAUGUCAAGAAAAGGUUGGCUCAAGGAAGCCGUACCUUAUUAUGACAGUUCUAAAUGUUUUGAAAGCAUUAUUGUUUGCGCUCUCUGCUCCGAGAGCUGUUACUCAUGAACAUUGCAUAGUGUACAUCGCUACUGGCAUAGUGAGCUCAAAUAUUGAUGGUCUUCUAUUACUGCUAUUUAAUUAUACGGAGAUGCUCCUGUAUCUGCUUACCAUACUGAACAGCUUCUUAUACAAAUACAUCGUGCUUUGCAGACCCAGAUAUUACUUCAUCUAUCAAUCUUUCUGGGUCACUGCACCUGGCCUGGCAAAUUUCGUAAUUGUCUUGAACUGGCUGAGUGGAGUGGUAUUACAACUACUGUUUCGCGGAGAACUCGACAAAGCUGAGUUACAAAAGCUAUCUGCGACUGCACGCUUGGCCGAGGGCAACAUCGAAAAAAACUCUUUUCUUGGGUUUUGCAGCCAGGACGAAGGGAAUUGGACUCAGUACAUAAUGCUUAUCGAAACAUCUAUAACAACUUCCAUCCUCUUCAUCAUUGCUUUGCACUUGGCUCAUCAAGUAAAGAAAAAACUCAAAGAGCCCACACUCAGUUCAAGGACACAAGAGCUACAAAACCGUUUGAGUAAUAUGCUUCACGCUCAGGCUCUGAACCUGGCCGUGUUGCUACCAGGUCCGCUUCUACUGCAGCCACUUUUCUUGAUCUGCGGGCUCACAACUCCUGCUUCACUUGUUUUUUUGGUUACGAUUUCUAUCAGUAUAUUUCACAUGGUAAACCCAAUCAUCACUAUUAUAUCCUUGACAGGUGCUCCUUUUACGAAGAAAGUAUCGCAAAGCACUACAACAAUCGUAGUUCAGACAGAUGCAAAUACGUUCAACAAAAAUAAACGGAAUUUAUAA